AUGACGCAAUAGGUGUGACAUUGCCCGAAAUGUUAUUGUGUCAGUUCUCACCUCGCCCGUUCGUACGUAACACGAGAUCACCGAUUUCUUCUCUGUGACACCUGUGUUCUGUUCCAUGGUCGAUUUUCAUACGGUGAUUCCCGUAAUUACUACUCCAUUAUGCCAUAUUCAUCAUCCUUGAAAAGCCGAGGCCGUAUAACUGUCGGAAUUUUGGAAAUACAAGGAGCUUUUCUGGAACACCAGACGGCUGUGACAAGUGCAGCAAGAUCGCUAGGUUUAGAAGUGGACGUUGAAGGAGUGCGCCAGGUUUCAGACAUUAAACCGGAAAUAGAUGGCCUGAUAAUUCCGGGAGGGGAGAGCACUACAAUCGGAUUGUUUCUCAAACGUCAUCACAUGCUGGAGCCUCUACGAAGUUGGAUACAGAGCAGUGGCAAGGUCACGUGGGGAACAUGCGCAGGGAUGAUUCUUCUGGCAAAGGGUAUGGAGAAUCAGAAAGAAGGCGGGCAGCAGUCGUUACAAGCAAUGGACGUGGUUGUCUCCAGGAAUUAUUUCGGUCGUCAGAUUAACAGUUUUGAACAAGAAGUGGAAAUCGUGAACCCUGAAUUAAUUACUCAAACUGGGUCAUCAGCGAACUCUUCGAAAUAUCUCGGGGUUUUCAUUCGGGCCCCAGCUGUUGUACGCAUUACCGAACCAUCGGUCCAUGUUCUAGCCUAUCUGAAGAAAGGAGAUGCUGAUAACAAAGUUAUCGUGGCUUGUCGUCAAGGAAAUAUCAUAUCAACAGCUUUCCAUCCGGAGUUAACCGAAGACACCCGAUGGCAUCGGUACUUCUUGAACACGAUUAUAGCUAACAAGUGAAGUGACUGUAGACUAACUAGACUGCUAUAGUUAAAGUUUUCUCAGUGAAUAUAGAUAUCAUCAGA